AUGGAUCGGCGCGGGCCAAGCCCCACCGCCCGCCUGAAACAUGCAUGACUGACUGUGGCUGUGUCGCUGCGAAGACUCCCUACCUUAAUGAUUAUUCCUACUUCACCUCGUUGAAGACUGGACACUCUCUCCUGUUGUAUCCUCUCACUCCCUGCGCAGACCUUGGAGACAGGUGCAUACACCUCGGCAUGACAUAACAGGGACACUCGCGCCUUCCCUACGCCCUUCCGACCACCGAAGAUUGUUGAGCAAGAGCGGGGCCAUUGAAGAAGGAAAGCGCACUCCAGACACGGUAGCCUCGAGGCUGCCCCCGGCGCAUCCGACAACAUGUCUUUCGCCAACAUGCUCAACAAGCUGCACGGCCAGCCCGAGAGCUACGAACGCAAAUCCCGCUAUCGCAUGGGUCGCACCCUCGGCGCCGGCACCUACGGUAUCGUCAAAGAAGCAGACGGGCCCGGAGGCAAAGUGGCCAUCAAGAUCAUCCUGAAGAAGAACGUCAAGGGCAACGACCAGAUGGUGUACGACGAGCUCGACAUGCUACAACGCCUGCGUCACCCCAACAUCGUCCGCUUCGUCGAUUGGUUCGAAUCAAGAGAUAAAUACUACAUCGUUACGCAGCUUGCUACGGGUGGCGAGCUGUUCGACCGCAUCUGCGAACAGGGCAAGUUCACGGAGAAAGAUGCGAGCAAGACAAUACGGCAGGUGCUGGAGGCUGUCGACUACCUGCACCAAAACGACGUCGUGCACCGCGACCUGAAGCCCGAGAACCUGCUCUACGUCACCCGCGACCCCGACUCCCAACUGGUGUUGGCAGAUUUCGGCAUCGCCAAGCACCUCGACAGCCCCGACGGCGUGCUGAAGACAAUGGCGGGCUCCUUCGGCUACGCCGCACCGGAAGUCAUGCUCAAGAAGGGCCAUAGCAAACCGGUCGACAUGUGGUCCCUCGGCGUCAUCACCUACACCCUCCUCUGCGGCUACUCCCCCUUCCGCUCCGAAUCCCUGCCCGACCUCAUCGACGAAACAAAGCACGGCCGCGUCGUCUUCCACGAGCGAUACUGGAAGGACGUGUCGCAAGAAGGCAAGGACUUCAUCCUCACCCUGCUCAAGCCCAACCCACAUGAUCGCGCCACCAGCACCCAGGCCCUCAAAGACCCCUGGAUCGCUGGUCGUGGUGCCACCGAUCACAACUUGCUGCCCGAGAUCAAGGCAUACAUGGCGCGCGCGAGACUCAAGCGAGGUGUCGAGCUCGUCAAGUUGUCCAAUCGUAUCGAGGCUUUGAAGAUGCAGGAGGACGAAGAGGAGGCUGCGCCUGGUAGUGCCGAUGUCCCGCCCAACCCUGACCAAGCUGCAAAAGAAGCGAUAGGUGGCGCCGCUGCUGCGCCAGACGGCGCAACGGGAGAGAAGAAGAGUUUUUCGAAAUUGGCCAAGAGCGCCAUCUUCCGUGAGGUCGUGCUGGCCAAGGUGCGCGAGAUGAAAGCGCAGGAGGAGCAGGAAAAGGCGAUUGGUGAUGCCACCGGGCAAUCUUCGGGCAAGAAAUGAGGAUGCAUCGUGACAGUCAGCUCUGGCGGCAAGCGAAUUGUACAGGCACCGUGCACGAACGCUGGAGGUCGAUUGGGCCGAGAAUUGAUUGGAAGAUACCUAUCAUUUGCGCGGGCCAAUGCCCACAAAUUAAACGUCGCGGUGCGGCAGUGUCUAUUGGGUCACAGAUGGACAAAGGGAGAUUCAAGCU